AUGGCGACAGACUCACAGCGGGCGGCCGCGCCGGCUGGGGAAGCCCUCGACAGUGUGCUGCAGCAGAAUAAAAUCGACGUGCUGUACGACCAGUGUGCGAAGGCACCACAGGGCACAUUAUUCUUCCAGCGCGACUUGUCGAACAUGGCCGUCGCCGAGAAUCUGAACGAGCUCAUUGUCCUGGUGCAAGAGCUGGUCGAUAUGCAGCUCAUGAAGCCCAUGACCUUUGAUGGCGAGCCUUGCUGGAAACUGAGGACCCGGCAGGACGCAGAGAAGUUACGGAAACUGACAUCCGAGGAGCGCCUCCUAUACCAUCACAUCGACCAGGCCCAGGCGGAGGGCAUCUGGACCAAAGCCUUACGGUUACGCACGAACAUGACACCCCAAGCCGUGAACAAGUGUCUCAAGAGCUUAGAAAACAAAGACCUGGUCCAGUCCGUUAUGAGCGUAAAGUUCCCCGCCCGGAAAAUGUACCUGCUGAAGCACCUACGACCGUCGGAGGAUAUUGCAGGCGGGCCCUGGCAGUCCGAGGGCGAUUUCGAUAUGGCAUUGAUCGACACUGUGUCGCGGAUCGUGGAGCAACUGAUCCAAAAGGAAACCUGCGUGACCGUUCAGCCAGGAUAUAACAACUACGACCGCUCAGAGGCCAUCGCACAGAAGAAGGCGCAGCGUCGUGCAGCACAGGACAUAGAGGAUGCACCAGCUGUCAAACCGUACCACCCCCCUCGUCACAACAAACCAAGGCUUGUGCUCAGCCAUGACCCCAAACUCCCCACCGCCGCUUCCCUCCUCGAACAAAUCAUUUCUCUGGGCAUUAUCCGAGAUAAGGUCAUCCGCGAGUCCGACAUGGAGCAGCUCCUCGACAUGAUGGUCCUUGAAGGCCGUCUCGAGAAGAUAGGAGCCACCUAUCGGCUUGCACUGCGCCCGUCGGACGUCGAGGAAGGCAUGAACGGCUUCGUGGAUGCCCCUUGCGGCACCUGUCCUGUUUUUGAUCUCUGCGGUGAUUCAGGCGAGAUCUCGGCGCGGACCUGUGUGUACUUCGCCGAGUGGCUGGGAACAGAGUCUGAGGUAGUCUGA